AUGUCUUCUCUCUAUCGCCGUGCUUGCUACAAGUGUGGAAACGUCGGCCAUUAUGCUGAAGUUUGCACUUCGGCAGAACGUUUAUGUUAUAAUUGUAAGAUUAUAGGUCACGAAUCAAAUGGAUGUCCUCUACCAAGGACUACUGAGGCAAAGCAAUGCUAUCACUGCCAGGGACUUGGUCAUGUUCAAGCUGAUUGCCCGACUCUUCGUUUAAACGGAGCCAGCAUUAGUGGUCUCUGCUAUUCUUGUGGCUUGCCGGGACAUCUAGCUCGUACGUGCCCAAGCCCUGGUAGUCAUCUUGCCGUCUCGGGCGCAGGUAGAAGCUACAGCUCUCCACGAACUGGAUUUAACGGAGGAUUUAACACUCGAGGAUACCUCUCUGGACCCCGUUCAGCUACUUGCUACAAGUGUGGAGGCCCAAAUCAUUACGCCCGUGAUUGUCAAGCUCAAUCCAUGAAAUGUUAUGCAUGUGGCAAGCUUGGUCAUAUAUCUCGCGACUGUUCAUCUCCAAAUGGUGGCUCCCUCAAUACAUCUGGCAAGAUUUGCUAUGGCUGUGGCGGUGAAGGUCACAUAUCUCGCGAUUGCACUCAAAAAACCACUGGGAGCAAGCCGACUGUUGAAUUGAACACUAUGGCUGUUGUACCGACGGCUGUCAUCGUUCCAGUUGCAUCAAUCUCACCCAUUGCACCCAUCGCAUAA